CAACUCAGGACCUUGCGCUUGUGAGGCAGGCAGGGGAACCACAGAGCUACAUCCCCGGCCCCACAGAGGCUUUUUCCGGACUCAGCACGUCCACAAGGCAUUUCCACGUGUUGACCUGUGACUUCUCAAGAUGCCGUAAAGUGGGGCAGUGUGUCGUAAUCAUCACAGAAUUGUGUCAAAAGCCUGGCAGGAACCAGAUGGACCCUGAGUUGCUCAGAAACAAGUGGCUGUGCCCCACACGUCGAGAAGUAAAAAUGGUAAAACCAAGAACUAUGACAAUCCCAGAUGGCCCGAAACUGUCCCUUAAGAAUUUUAUGAAUCACAGGAUGUUUAGCUCUUCCAAGAAACUAACAGUGACUGGAUUUAAGGCCACUUCACCAUUUCAUCCCUUGCUCUUCCAAGACAUAAGGACCUCCUUCUACCUGACAGAGUACUCUUGGAGUGGAGGUCAGGUCAUGUUUCUCAGUGCAAUUCCGGAAGAUUACAGUACAUAUCAGAGCCCUGCUCCUUUCUGAGGACACCUACAAUGGGUGGUAUGAGAAGAAAUGGAAAACUAAAAGAAAAACACAAUAUAUCUAAAACCUAAGGCUGAUAGAAAUGAUCCCUAAGGGCCAUGGAACCAUCUCGUUACUUAAAUAGGGUGGGCAGUGGUAUAGAGAGAAAGCUGAAAGGAAAUAUUUCCAUGGAGGCACAUAGCCCUGAGAUCACAUCCACUUCAAGGAUGAUACCACUGCCCCUCCCUCCUUGCUAGUUUUCCACCACUUCCCUAUAUAUAUUCCAAGAUCCAGACAUACUGAACUACUUGUAAUUUCCUGAAAAUGCUUGCUGUUUUCUAUGCCUGGAUUUUUGUACAUGCAAUGAUUCUGUCUUUCUAGAAUGCCCUUUCCUUUCCUGACUUCCUCCUACUUAUCUUUCCAGGUAUGGCUUGAUAUCAAUUCCAUUCCUCUUAUGUCUUCUUCCUCUAUAGAAUUCCAGACUAUAUUUCUUCCCCCACCCUCAUAUGUUACAUGUAAUACUGCAAUGUUAAUUUACUUAGGUGUCCUCAGGAGCAUGAUAACAGUGUUAACAGAUGUCAUCAAUAUGGUGCUUACCAUGUUCUAGGUAGUAUGCCUGGAACAUUAAUUCUCAUACCACCCUUGUGAAGUAGGAUUAUUAUUAUUGUUUUAUAGAUGUGGGAAAUGAAGCUUAGAAGGGAAUUGUACCUGUUUAGAAAAUUAAAAAGAGGUAGGGUCAAGAUUAGAACACAGGUCCAACUCUAAGUCUUUGAUUCUCACCACUAUAUCAUAGAGCUUCCCACUAGGCUGUACAUCGUUCAAUGGCAGGGACUCCACUUUCCAUCUCCAGUCCCCAGUAUCUAGCACAGAGCCUAGAAUAUAGUAGCUGUUAGUUAGUACUCAACAAUGUGUUUGAUGAAUCAAUAAAUGAAUAACAAUGAGUUGAUUUAACUCAGUCCUGGUAA